AUGCGUCAAAAAAAAAACAAAAAUUGGUUUUGCAACAGGCCACUGUCUCCUGUUUCAGUUAAAGGAAAAGAUAGCCAGACAUCAAGGGAGCAACUUCUGCUAGAUGACGCAGAACCGGAGUUUAGUUUGUCAGUUUCAACUAUGUACGACAGUGAUGCUGAUCCUGAGUACUUUCCUGAUUCUGACGAUAAUAGUUGUGGUGCAACUGUCACUGAUAUCAAAGUGAGAGACAAUAAUUCAGAAUCCAAGUUGAACUCAACUAUGAACUUAUCUGAUGAUACUUAUACGGAAAGGGUGUUUGAAAAGGUUCACAUUCUACAAAAUAUAAGAAUAGACACAAAAAUCCCGGAAAAAGACAUUUUACCGAAUUUAACUACUGGUUUAGUCCAACAAGAACAGGUAGACUGUGGGGAUGCAGAAAUGCAGGUUCAUAAAAUAAAUCGCGAAUUAACAAAAAAUAAAGAUAGUAUUUAUAGAAACAAGACAUCAUAUAAAAGGAAGAAAGAUACGUGCUAUUUUUGUGAAUCUGAAAUACUGAAUUUUGGAAGGCAUAUGGAAAGAAAUCAUUCGUCUGAAAUAGAAGUGCAGAAAAUAUUCUCCAAAAAAAUCAAAUCUGAGGAGAGAAGACAACUUCUAGCUCUUUUAAGGAAAAAAGGAAAUUAUAUUGUAAAUUCAGUGAAAUGUACAAAGCCUGUCAGAGAAGCUGUGGAAUCAGAUAAAACUUUUUUGCCAUGUUCAAAUUGUUUGGGUUUUUACAGAGCUAAGUUUUUAUAUCGGCACAAGAAAAAAUGUACAGGAGAAGGCACUAAGAAUGCCCAAGCUGAAGGGCAGAAUUUUUUACUGCAUAAUAAAAAUAAAAUUGAUAAGCAUUUGAAGGAGCAAGUAUUUCCAAGAAUGAGAGCUGACAAAAUUUCUCUUGCAGCUAAGUCAGAUUUUCUCAUAUGCGCCUUCGGCGCUAGAUAUCUAAAAACACAUAGAGAAAAGCACGAAAUUUAUGUAACAAGUAGAAAAAUGAGAGAACUCUCUAGACUUUUACUGACAUUAAAGAAAAUUGAGUCUUCAGUUCAAAAUCUGUUUCAUGCACUUCAGUCAAAAUACUAUGAUCAAAUCGUAGAGGCAACAAAAUUGGUAGCAAAAUAUGAUUCUUCAAAAGAUCUCUUUAUAUCACCUACAUACGCCAUGAAUAUCAGUACUUCCCUAAAGCAAUGCUGUGAUAUAGCAACCUAUAUGUUAAUAAAAAAUGAACCCUCUGUAGAAAAUUCUAAAAAUGAAUCAAAUUUGAAAACUUUUAUUCACUUACUAGAGGCUAACUGGCGAUUUGAUGUAUCAAGUCAAGCUGCCAAUGACUUGAACAUUCAAAAAUUUAAUAAAAUAACGAUUGUUCCCUUGGCAAGUGAUUUAAAAUUAUUAAAAGAUCAUUUAAUUUUAAAAGCUAAAGAGGCUUUACGACUCCUACAGCAAGAUUCUGGUAAUGCAGUUGCUUUUAAUAAUCUUUUAGAGACCAUAUAUUGCAGGACGAUUUUGUUAAAUAGAAAACGCCCUGGCGAAUUACAGCGUAUGUUGGUUCAUACCUAUAGUAGUAUAAAUAAGAAAGCUGACAGUUACGAGGAAUUUAAAGAAGCAGUUAGCGAAACGGAAAAAAUAUUACUGAAAAAUAUGAAAAGAGUAGUCAUCAGAGGCAAAAGAGGACGUGGCGUACCUGUAAUAUUUAGUACUGAUAUGCAAUAUCAUAUAGAAGAGUUACUAAAAAUAAGAAAUGAGUUUCUAGGAGACGAAAAUCCUUAUUUAUUUGGUAAGGCCAAAACAACAACAACAAUUCAAGGUUAUAGAGUAUUAGCUAAAUAUGCCAAAGCUUGUGGUGCAAAAAAUCCAGACGCUUUAACAUGCACUAGAUUAAGAAAACAUCUAGCAACAUUGACACAAUUAUUUAAUUUAAAUGAGAAUGAAAUAGAACAACUGUCUACGUUUAUGGGCCAUACAUCUAGUGUCCAUAAAAAUUCAUAUCGCCUGCCGGACGAUGUUUACCAGACAGCAAAAGUUGCUAAAUUAUUAAUUUUGAUGGAAAAAGGCAAAGCAGGAACAAAUAAAGGAAAAACUUUAGACGAAAUAGAUUUAGAGGAAGAUCUUUUGAAAAACACAGAUAUGGAAAGUGAUGACGAAGAGAAUGAACUGAAUGAAAAUCUAGAAAAUGAAAGUUCUUAUCUUAAUGAAAAUGAAAGUUCUUAUCUUAAUGAAAACGAAAAUUCUAACCCUACCGAACCUGAAGCGGUUCAAAAUAGUCCUGAUCCUGCAGUAACGGCCCCACUGCCAAGAAAAAAUAAAAGAAUAUUAGUUCCUUGGACCAAAGAGCAGAAAAAAAUAGUAAAAAAUUAUUUUCAUAGACAUAUAAAAAAUAAAAAACCUCCUAAACGAUUUGAAUGCGAAGACUUAAAAGCUAAGCAUCCGAAGUUGCUAAAUAAUAAAGAUUGGCUGAAGAUGAAGGUUUUUGUGCAAAAUUUAUACACAAAAAAAAAUUAA